AAUCGGGUAUGUCGUCAGAUUUUGUGGUCAAGUAUGCGUCAGUCAUCUGCUAAGCAUUUCAGAAGGGGAAGCGAGGAGGCGAUCUAUGGAAAUGGAUUUUAUAAACCGACUCAGCCCCAAAGAGAUACAACUCGUUAGCGAAAAGCAGAGCACGCACCCGGACUGUGAACUCUUAGGUCACCAGCACUCCGGCUCCCGGGCGCAUCAGCUUAAGCAUCCCGGCGAUUAUUUCAAGAACCUACCACUCCACCGAGCCCAAGAGGCGCUUCCGAAAACGCGUUAUAUCUUGCGCCGGCUUUGGGGACAGGAGCCAAAAUAGACACGAUUACUCACCCGCUCCCCAAAUCUCGAGCUUUCACCGUUUUCUUGUGGCUCAUCACGAUCGAAAAAUUCCAGUUAAUCGAAGCAAAAUCGAUGGAUUUAAGACAAGGACAUUACGGCCCCCUUGCUGUUUUAUUAGCUACCCUGCUGCACACCCUGAGAGUCUCUGCCUUCAACGUGACUGACGCCUCCUCUGCUACCGCCAUCCAGAGAACAUACGAACUGACUAAAUAUCUGGAGCAUCAGCUUAGCACACUGACUGUCAGUUAUCUAACCUACUUGGGACCACCAUUCAAUGAUCCUGACUUCACUCCACCCCGCCCCAACAAUUCAGCUUCUCUUCCCAGUGCUGCAACACGUCUGGAUCUUUGGAAAGGACUGGAUAACCGCCUGCGACUGUCUGAGAACCACCGAGCCUACAGUAUCCUUCUGGGUGCUCUGAAAGGACUGGCAGCUGGGACCCUUUGCCCAUCUCUUCAAAGGUCUCUUCAGCACUUCUGCACGGGUUUGCACGGCCUACUGGUAAGCAUUGCUGGGGUCAUGACCUCACUGGGGUAUCCACCCCCUUUGCCAAGUGGAGAAGACAUCCCCAACUUUUUUACCCCCAGGCCUGGAGGUUUGUAUCGAGGAGGAGGACAUCCAUCUGGCUUUGGAAGGGCUUUUCUCACGACACCAAGUCUUGCGCUAGCAGAUUUUCACAGCAGAGAUUCACCUUUCUUAAAUGAGAAACCAGUACGAUUUUCAGAAAGAGAUGCUAGGUACCUAAGCCUUGGAGCUGGUGUUUCCCAGCGAGAUUACCCCCGGGAAUACUUCCCUGGAAAAUUCCUUAGCAGAAUUCCAGUCACCACGGGUUCAGCUCCACCCGUGGAAAAGCCUCCCACGAGAAACUUGACACAGUUUGAGGGCAGUUCCUCUCCCGCCAGAAGGCGGCAGACUUUAUGGGGCGAAGGUAAUGGACCUUACGCUUCUUACCUUGUCCCCGAAACACACACUCUGAGUGACUUCUCCAGAAAAAUGGGAGGCUUUUGGGUGCUGAAGGAACUCCAAACGUGGCUCUGGCGAUCAGCCAAAGACUUCAAUCGACUCAAGAAGAAGCUGCCCAUCCCACGGAGGCGAAGCUAGUAUUUAAAGUCAGGGUUCAAUUUGGUUAAUUGGGGUUCUCGAGAGGUUAGUAAGGACCAGGUCAGGGGUUGAUUAAAAAUGGGGAUGGGGUUAAUGGGGAUUGGCAGGGUGGGUCUUGGGCUCUGAUUGUGAUUGGAGGAGGGGUAGAUGGAGAUUGGAGGGAGGUUGGUUAGAAAUUGGGAUAUGUCAAAUAGGGGGGCAGGGUGGGAUUUCAGAACUUUGAAAGCUGUAGAAGAAAAUUCUUUCAGAUUGAAGGCAAAGAAAAGGUUCACGAAAUGUCAUUGCCAGGCAUGCCUCAGAAAGCCGGAGUGGUUUUACUGAUUUAUUUUUUUUUUCCCUUAAUCAGAUUUGAACUGCCGCUUAAAAUCGUGCCAUUGGUUUUCCCAGUCUGUUUACAUUCCACUUCGCUAGUGAUUUCCUGGUGCUGACCUCCCUGGGAUUUUUUUUUUUUUGCUUGCGUCGGCUGCUUCAAGACUAUCUCUCCUUUUUAACCUUUCCCUAUUUUUCCACCUUGUUCCAAUUACAUAUUGACAAAUUUUAAUGGGCUUUUUUUGACUACUUGCACAUUUUGAAAAUGCUUUUAAACUUUUCGGGCGGGUUGCAGCUCCACAGUCUGUUCUAAUUUUGCCCCACUGGGUUUUAUUAGAAUUUCUUUGUUCCGCUGGAGGUAAAGUUCAACAUAUCCUCUUCGUUUUUUUUUUUUGUCUGUUCUCGUUCUGCGUGCGAUGUUUUACGGGCCAUUCCUCUGGGAAGCGCACAUGUUCAUAGCCUGCCCUGGAAUCCCUUUUCAUUGGUAAUCGCUCCAUGCUGGUCGGAAACUGGACUUUUAUAGCUGUGCAACCACAGACGCAUCAAGUUGCUGGGUUAUGGCAUUUAAACUCAUCCUUGUUUUAUAUUCAUUCAUAUAAUUAAAAAAAAGCAUCCGUGGUGUGACUGUUAAAUUAGAAAGAGGGCUCACUGAAGUCAGCUUACAUGUCUGCACAGGGAAUUAGCAAGAACGUCUCUUCGCCAUUUUACAAUGAACCCUUGAUCCUGCCAUAACUGAUGGAAAGUACAGUACAUGCAGAUGAAUCGAGACAUGACAAAGUCCACUCAGCCACCAUGGCUUUACAUUGCUAAGUACAGGCAAGAAAAGUCCCACUAAGAAGAAAUGCAAUGCAACUUCUAUGCCAUCUACCGGCAUGAGUGCCAAAAACGCAUUGUGGCCUGUAGGGGGCCUCAGUCGCAGUUACACCACAACAGUCCCAGUUCAAAUAAAGUCCAUUUUUAAUUUAAACACAACCUUCAUAUACGCUUUUUCCAUUCAAAAUACUGCACCAGUCUUUCUCCUCUUUUUCUCUGCAUUAACUCUUUCCUCCGAAUUGAGUGGAGAGCUCUCUUUUAACUGUGGACCAGGGAUUGCUUUCAGUGCUUAAUCUAUUGCUGGGAAGGACUUCUGGGUCAGGGAGAACCACCAUGGUUCUUGUAUCAACACUAUUCAAGAGCUCCCCCUGGCGGCCCUCAUCGAACGCAACAGGGCAGUCCCGUGGGCCUACGACUCCAAAUCUGCCCUCUUGGUGUCCAUAUUUGGGCUUGCCAGAUUGGAUACUGCCACCUAGUGUAUGGCGCCGGGGGGUUUCGGUCGCUCUGCCUAAAGCAGGAUGUCAGCCACUGUGCUGAUCGUCCCAGUUCCAGAGUCCAUCCCGCUGUAGCCGCUGUGACAUCCUUCCUCCUCCAUGUGCUGGCAUGGAGACAGGGCUGGAUUAACUGUUAAGUAAAAUAAACACAUGCUUAGGGAAUCAAGAGAAGGGGGGACCCCACAGAAAUUUUCUACUGCUGGAUUUCCCAUGGACCAUAUAGUGGAAAACUGCAAAUGGUGCAACUGAGCCGGGUUCUACAAAAAAUGGCUCCCACAUUAAAUAAAAAAAAAUAUGUACAUAUAUAGGGUGGGCCAUAAGUUUCCAUACAUAGGAAAAAUGAACAUU